GCUAUUUCAGCUUUCUCUAAGGUGUGUCAGUUGACACCGUAAUGUCUCUUGAGCCUCUCUCUCUCUCCCUGUAUGUAUAUAUAUAUGUAUGGGUGGAUGCUAGGGUAUGCGGGGAGCAGAGAGUGCCCUCUAGUCGACCAAUCCUAUGUCUCAUGUCAAGUAUGGCCGCUGUGACGUCACCGUGCCGGCGGGUCCGGGCCGCCGCGACAAUGCGACAGUCCUGCCGGAGUGGCGACACAUCCCCCCGACCAGUCGCAGUUACGCAGAGCUAGGAAGGACACUAUACCACAGAUUUGUAAUGUGUGCACACAACUAAACGAAAUAUAAAAAAUAAUAAAAAGUUAAAAUGGAACUUCUCCUUCGGACAAACUUUGAUAUUCCGAAACUUCCAACCUCUGGACCCUUCGAUCCUCUACGAUAUCUUAGCCUUAAAAGCGAAUCUGAGCAGCCUCGACCUGAGCACCAACCUCUGACUGGAACAGCAGUAUUCGAGGUUGCUCGGAGGAUUCUUGAAGGCAGCCACGCUAUUCCAACCCGACUGAAGAUCUUGCUGGACAGAGCCAUGAACAACCUGUCCGAGGAUGAGAAGAGGUUGAUCCUGUCCUCCUGCUUAUGGACUAUAGAGGACUAUACUAGAGGAUAUAAAUUAAAGGAUGGUACCGGUAACCCUCUGGAUAGAUGGAACAUGUGCAGUAAGCAGGAGGAACCCUUGGUUCUUCAACAGUUCCUUCUCUUCAAGGAAACUAGAACCAUCACCCAGCAGCUAAUCAUACAGGAUCUCACGGAGAGAGCUUACAAUCCUGCUCCGGAUAGGGGUUUCAAUACUACCCCGGAGAAACACAAGUUUCAGAUAAAUGACAAGAGUGAGCUUCGGUCAGAAGAGAAAUCUUCCAUUAAAUGUGAAGAGGGGAAACGAGACUCCUUGUUACAAAUGGUAACUAAUCAUAACUUUGAUCAGAGAAGUAAAAGAGAGGAGGAGAAUAGAACCCCUGAGCAGGAUGAGAAACCUAUCCCUCGCACCCCCUCUCCACACUCCUAUAGAAUGCAAUCUCCUAUCUCAGCUCCUGUAUCUAUAUCUGGUAAGGGGAGCCCUCUAUUCCCACGAAGGAUAUCCAACGGUAUCCCUCUGCCUCCAACUAGUAUGUCAAUCCCUCCUCUUCUCCCUGGUCACUUCCCCAUGUUUCCUUUUCCUGGUAUUCCUGUCUCCCUUCCCCAUACACCCCACAGAGAACUGAAUAAAGAUAUGAGCGGAGCUCUAAACCUGUCCCGGCAUAUGAAGCUGGAGAAGGAACCCCUUGAGCUUGAGAGCGACACCAGCAGUCGUCGCAGUUCUUUUGAUAUCGACUGUCAGUCCAAGCGUUCGUCUAUGCCUGACGAUAUAGGAAUUACAUAUGUCAGCCCUACAACCGGUAAAAAAAGAGUUCAAUGUAACGUUUGCAUGAAAACUUUCUGUGACAAGGGCGCACUCAAGAUACAUUUCUCCGCUGUGCAUCUCAGGGAAAUGCAUAAAUGUUCUGUUCCCGGCUGUAACAUGAUGUUUAGCAGUAGAAGGAGUAGGAACAGACAUUCUGCCAACCCAAACCCUAAACUUCAUACUCCUCAGGUUAAACGAAGAAUCUCACAGACGGAUGGAAGAACACACCCUGGACCAAUAACUCCACUUAUUCCCAAGGAAAGUUCGAAAGAAAGCUUUCCGAUGGGAGGAUUCUCAGCUAAUGGUAUUCCUCAGUUACCUUUCCCUGGACUUCAAGGUUUCAAUCCAUUCCUUCCUCCAGAUUUUAAAACCUUCCACCAAGAUUUACAGAGAAUAUCAGAUCUUCAAAAACUUUAUCAUCAAAACUCCGAGGAGAAUUCUCACCGAGCCAGGGAGGAUUCAGAUAUGGAGAGCUUAAGACGAGAGGACGGGAAUAGGAAGAGAAAGAGUCAGAAUCCAACUAAACGACCUCAUCUUGACUUCGAGGAGAUGGAACAGGUUUCCUCAGACUCGGCCUCGGACGAAGGGUUUCCAGAUCCUAUGAUGGAUGAUGAUGAUCUUGAUAAUAUUAGCAGUGGAGCUGAGGAGCAUUUAACUGAACCUUGUUCCGGAGAAGGGAAACCUUGUUUCAACUAGGAUUGUAGUGUUGAAUGAAUCUGCAUUUACAGUUUAUACACCGUGCCAUAUUAAUUUAAAUAUUAAUAGUUGUUUAAACCAAUAAGAGAGAGAGAAUAGCAGUUAAAGUGCAAUUAAAGAAUGGUGUAAAUUAUGUAUUAAAUGUUCCCUAACCUUUCUAUUUCUAAAUUUUAUAGCUUUUCAUUAUAGUAUUAUUAUAAUUACGCAUGUGUUUAACCAAUUUGUUUAAUCUGUGAUCAUAUCUCAACAUUUUGAUGAAUAAACGCAGUCUUGAAUA